AUAGAAAAACCAACCAGUAAAAAGAAGAAGAAGCGCGAGAUACCCUCUUCUUUGUUUCUUCUUCACCGUGUCACUACCUCCAUUGCUGCGACUGACAUAUUAAGAUACCCAUCAAACAAGACUUGGAGUUGAGCACGACCCAUAUUUGACUUAAAGAAAUCGAAGUGAAAACCCACCUUGGAAAACCAAACAGGUUGAACCUGCACUAAGUAUGCAUCGGCAUCAUUGAUAUUAAUAUGGAUAAUAAUACAGAAGCAUUUCGAAGUUUUCUUCAGGUUCUUCCCCCUGUUGACUUUGCAUGCGUUUACGGAUCAUCUCUUCAUCCAACCAACCAUGACAAGACAAACAUGAUUGAUUUUAUUCUUGGUGUGUCUGACCCCAAACAAUGGCAUUCUGAGAAUCUGAAAUUGAACAAGCAUCACUAUGCAUCAUGGAUGGUGCACCUUGGUGGAGAGAGGCUGAUUACCGGGGUUGCAGAUAAAAUUGGUGUGGGGGUACAUUUCAACCCUUUUGUUGCUUGGAAUGGAAAGAUGUUCAAGUAUGGGAUUGCUCGAACGCAUGACUUACUUCAAGAUGUGCAGUACUGGGAGAAAUUCUACUUGUGUGGUCGAUUACAGAAACCAGUUCAAAUUGUUGUCGAUAAGUUGGACAUUAGCAACAUCAAUUCCAUUAACUUGCGAGCUGCGCUGUCAGCUUCUCUUCUCUUGCUUCCAUCAGAAUUCACAGAGGCAGAUCUGUAUGCUAAAGUUUGUAGUCUUUCAUAUAUGGGUGAUGUGCGCAUGUUAUUUGCCGAGGAUAAAAAUAAGGUGAAGAAAAUUGUUGCUGGGCAGUUUGAUCUAUUCCAUUCGAUGUAUAAGCCAUUUCUUGAAGAAUAUGAAGCUAAGAAGUUAUUGAAACUUUCAUCAACUGUCGAUCACAAAAUACACGUUUCUCAGGAUUGUGACUUAUCAGUUGCCUGCUCUCUAGUUUCUGCACUUCCUCCAUCAAUCAGAAGCCAGAUGGGCAUACAGCAAAGAGAGGGAAUGAAAUCGAGUCAAAUUGGUAGAGUCAUACAUGAUACCAAUAUCAGCUCAAGAGAAGGGGCUGCAAAUUGCUUGGAGAGAAUUCUGAGGAGAAAGGUUAUGGUUUCAAGUGCAAGGCAGGCCAUAUCUGGCCUACUGACUGUUGGUGGGGUAAAAGCUACGAAGUAUGUUGCUAACAAAAUUAAUAAAGCUUGGAAGUCACGGAAAUGAUAUUUUUUUCUGUAAUUACUAACAAUCAUAGAUGGUUUUCUUGCAUCUGAGGAAGUUUAUAGGAAGACUAGUUUUGUGUGACUGUUUUUCUGUUUUCAUUUCUCCCUUUCUAUCCCAUUAUCUUGGAGGUGACCAUUUUUUUUCUUCCCUAAAACCCUUUUUUCAUAAUGAAAGGGAAUAGGUGUUACUGUAUUGAGAGUAGUUAAGAAUCAAACAGGGUAUUAAAAUAAACAAAUUUGGUCCCAUAAAUAUUUUCUUUUUACAA